GGGGGCGGGGCCUGGGAGUGGAUAAGGGAAAGAGGGAAGCAGAGAGAGAGUUCUCCGUCCUAUCAACAGCUUCAACACAUAUCUAUCUACACAGCUAGACAGAAAGCCCAGGCAGAAGACAAUGAGCGUAAAUGGAAAAGAACCUCCCCCCUACAUCAUACCAGUUGAAGGACAAGGUGAUGAUGGGGUGAAGGUAUAUCAUGUCCAUACCCCCUUCAACCCUCCUUCCUCCACCAUCCCCUCCGAUAACUACUCUAUGUCUCAGUCUCAGUCUCAGUCUCAGAGCAAGCCAGUGUACACCAGUGGAGGAGGUGGUAUUGGAGGAGGUGGUGGAGCUCCUACUCAGAAGUUUGUGAGUUAUGAGACAGAACUGGGCCGUUCAGAGGGCAUGACCACCUGUACUUCCUGUCAACAACAGGUGAUGACUAACGUCACCUAUAAAGUCGGAGCCUACGCCUGGCUCAUGUGCAUCCUCUUCAUCCUCUGUGGGUUGGUAGUGGGCUGCUGCCUGAUCCCGUUCUUCAUGAAACACUUUAAGGAUGCGUACCACUCCUGUCCUCGCUGUAACCGCAUUCUCCACGUGGACAAGAAACGCUGCUGCUGACCGCCUUAACCCCACCCACCACUAGGGGAGCUGCUGCUGACCGCUAUACCACCACCCACCACUAGAGGAGCUGCUGCUGACCGCCAUACCACCACCCACCACUAGGGGAGCUGCUGCUGACUGCCAUACCACCACCCACCACUAGGGGAGCUGCUGCUGACCGCCAUACCACCACCCACCACUAGGGGAGCUGCUGCGGACCGCCAUACCACCACCCACCACUAGGGGAGCGUGUGCUGUGGCCAAUAUGUUUAACUACCAGCAGGGGAGCUGUGGCUCUGCUCUCAGUCUGACCACUGGCCAAUCUCUCGGUCUGGAUUCCAUUAGAAGUGCACCAGCACAGUGAAAUGCCUUUCUCACAGAAAACAUGCUCCCUUUCCCUCAUGCAUCCACAGCUCUGUGUAGGAAUUUGAGAGUGGUUAUAUUUAUCCAGCCCCAUCCCUCAGCUGUUUACCAAUGCAGUGGCGGGGUCAGGGUGACCGUUUGGUAGUUCUUUGAAUUGCAGAUUGCCCUUUUAAAUUUCGGUUUCAAUACUGAUCUUAUCUACACUCUUUCAGAACAGCGAGGGAGAGGAAAAGGGGGGAUGCUUUCAGAAUGGAAUCCAACCGAAGGGAGCCUAGCAGCAGCCCCACAGAAACCUACAGGAUUACACAGUCAUAGGCUGAAUCCCAAAAUGACACCCUACUCCCUCUAUAGUGCACUACGUUCGAGAGGGAGCUAGUACAAAAGUAGUGCACUACAUAGGGAAUAGGGUACAAUUUGGGGCGCACAUUAGUUUAAAUGCUGACCUAACUUACUGUACCAGAGGGUUGUAAAUAGUACGAAUCUGAACUAUUUUUGUAAAAUUAAAAAACAAGCUAGCAGAUAAAGACGUGGUCGAGCUCAACCUGGGCCUUGUUCACAAAGGGAGUAGGGUUGCACAAUUCUAGUAACUUCCCCAGGUUUUCCACAAACCCAGGUUGGAAGACUGGAAUCCGGAGGGAAGAGGGUAGCCUGGGUACCAGUCUGUUAAGAUAUCAUUCCACUCUUUGUCUUGGAAAACAUGGCUUGACAAAGAGUGGAAUGUUAACACACAGACUGGAUUUCUCCAGGCUAGGAAGAGGCAGAAAAUACGGGAAUACGCCAACCGGGAUGUCUGGUUGGUUACCGGACUAUUGCAACCCGUUGAGUAACCUUUUACAGAACCUUCAGAUAGAAAUGUGUUGUGUAGAACAGACAUGAUUCCCUGGGAAAUGUAUACAUUACUAUCUAUAUUACCUUGAAUAAGGCCCUGGGUUGACCAACCGACAGACGAGCCCAAUAUUCAGAUAAUUAUAAUUUUCACUAUGAUUCCUACAAUUGGGGGUCAUUUAGGGCUCUCCCCAGGUUUCCCCCCCUUUCAGAAAGCUGUUAUGUACAUAAAGGACUGAACUGGGUGUUUUACCUUAUUUUAGAAUAAACCAAAUAUGAUUUUAUUGAGAAAACUCAGUGUAACUGUCAACUACAAUGACCUGUAACAACAUCAUACAGCUGGCAUGGAGUUCUGUUAUAUUGAUGUGUAACACCACACAGCUGACUAGACAUGGAAUUCUGUUAUAUUGAUGUGUAACACCACACAGCUGACUAGACAUGGAGUUCUGUUAUAUUGAUGUGUAACACCACACAGCUGACUAGACAUGGAGUUCUGUUAUAUUGAUGUGUAACACCACACAGCUGACUAGACAUGGAGUUCUGUUAUAUUGAUGUGUAACACCACACAGCUGACUAGACAUGGAGUUCUGUUAUAUUGAUGUGUAACACCACACAGCUGACUAGACAUGGAGUUCUGUUAUAUUGAUGUGUAACACCACACAGCUGACUAGACAUGGAAUUCUGUUAUAUUGAUGUGUAACACCACACAGCUGACUAGACAUGGAGUUCUGUUAUAUUGAUGUGUAACACCACACAGCUGAUUAUACAUGGAAUUCUGUUAUAUUGAUGUGUAACACCACACAGCUGACUAGACAUGGAGUUCUGUUAUAUUGAUGUGUAACACCACACAGCUGACUAGACAUUGAGUUCUGUUAUAUUGAUGUGUAACACCACACAGCUGACUAGACAUGGAGUUCUGUUAUAUUGAUGUGUAACACCACACAGCUGAUUAUACAUGGAAUUCUGUUAUAUUGAUGUGUAACACCACACAGCUGACUAGACAUGGAAUUCUGUUAUAUUGAUGUGUAACACCACACAGCUGACUAGACAUGGAGUUCUGUUAUAUUGAUGUGUAACACCACACAGCUGACUAGACAUGGAGUUCUGUUAUAUUGCUUAUAUAGAUUAUAUGCCUAUAAUAAAAUAUAUCACUUUU